AACGAAGUUUCCCCAGUAGCAGCACACUCCGGUGACAGCAUUUAGCUUUUCACAUGUUUCAUUUUCAGUUUGAUUAGCAAAGUCAGGGAGGUUUUAUAGCGCGGUGUAUCCGACGAAUAACUGAAACGCAACGUUUCCGCUAUGUUUGCGCCAAGAGGUUCCCAUUAAGCAGUUAUCAAAGCUGAUAGCUAAGUUACCGGCUAACAGCUAGCAUAGCUAUCUAAGGAUUUCGCCGGUACAGACGGUCCUCUUUGUCUGACAGGGGAAGGCGUGCUCUUUUGUUAGGCUUUUCCCUUUGUCCACUCGGGAAAGAGGAACUGUGGGGUCAGUAUUUCGCAAUUAUCUGCUGCUCUAAAAGUAUUUAGAAAAUGCAAAUCGCGAAAAAAUACUUGUCAGAAGGCCUGAUUCAGUUAACGAUCUUACUGAGUUUGAUUGGAGUUCGUCUGGACAUCGACAGCUACUUAAGCGGCUAUUAUUCGCCUCUGAUAGAGAUUAACUUGGGUCCUAGUUCAGCCUACACCCAGACACCCUUUCAUAAUUUGAGAGACACUCUAGACGGAUACAGUGUGCACCCAAAAUGUCCCGAGUUGGACUAUUUCUUUGCAAGUCGCCGGCUACUAGACGAGGUGAGGACCCUUGGCUCACCGCGGUUCCCCACACAGUUGAACGCAUGGCUGGUGCACCAAGUGUCUGCCACUGACAAGGCUGACUGUGGGCCUUCAACCAGCAACAACACUGAUACCAGCUCUGGGUUAGAAAGCCCCGGGGACGAAGUCAGGGAUGACAGUGAACACCUGCCUGACAGUGGCCGAGAGGUGUGCCAAACAACCCCUGAACUCGGACAAAGGCCUUGUAGCACGGGAUCCUGCGGGUUUCUUAAAGAGGCAAAUGAUGCUAAAGUUAAAGAGGAGGAAGAACCUGUCCCACUCACUCAGCUGGCUCACAGUUCCACACUGGAACAAGAGAGUCUUCUUGAAGGCAUCACUGCACUGUCUGAUCCAGCACGCAACCAUCCUCCCACCCUUGAUAUUGACCAGCACUGGAGCAAUUUACUCUCUCUGUCUGACCUUGAUGACUUGGACUCCCUUGUUACUGACACAGACAUCACCAGCGCUAUCAGCCAGGAUGUUAGUUUGCAUGAUGCUAUGGUUAACAGCGCUGGAGCAUUUGGUGUGGCGACUGAAAGAGUUGAGACCAGGCCAGUCGCCCAACAACAAAGAACCCUCUUCCGACUGGAGUCCACAGGGUCUUCACACUCAGACGCAUCACCGGGGAUGGCAGUGGGCCUGGCUGCUCUCCCCUUUGCUUCAGUAUGUAACUUAACUGGAUCCAACAGUGCUCUGGGUGGCUGUCUGGAUGAGGCAGUGUUUGACCAGAUCAAUCAGCUGGGUUUGGAGGGACUGGACACCCAGCUGAUGGGCUCUCUUGAGAGCAUUGACCCACAGGUCCUUGAAGACUUGGACUUGGACUCGGACUCCGGUCUCUCUUUGGAGAGCAGCUCUGGAGGUCCAGUUUCCCCAGGCUCAUCUGAGAUGUCCUCAUCAUCCAGUUCAUACUGUGAAGAUGAGUGUGGAGCAACAGGCUACAGCAGUGAGGUGGAUUCAGUCAAUUCAAAAGGCAUCCUGGACUACAACACAACGUGGUCACCGAUUGAUCUGAGUGAGAAUGUGUGGCACGACCACAGCUACUCAUCUCCUGCUUUCUUCAACCAGCCAUCAGUAACACUUCCCCACAAAGGCAUCAAAGAGGAGCCUCUCAGCGACGAUGACGGGCCGAAGCUUGAGGAGAGGGAUCUGAGUCGUGAUGAGAUGCGCGCCCGCGCUAUGUGCAUCCCGUUCUCUGUCCUGCAGAUUGUCAACAUGCCAGUGGAGGAGUUCCUGGAGGUCCUCGACGGCCAUGGCUUCUCCCCUGAACAGGUGACCCUCCUGAGAGACAUCCGCAGGCGGGGGAAGAACAAGCUGGCGGCGCAAAACUGCCGGAAGCGCAAGCUAGACGCCAUCACAGGGCUGCAGCAGGAGGUGGAAAGGUUGCACGCUCAGAGAAACAGGCUACUGAGGGAGAAGCAGCUUACAGCCAAGACAAUGGGUGCUGUGGGCCAGCAGAUAAAGCAGCUGACCAGAGACGUCCUGUCCCGGCUGAGGGAUGAUUCAGGGAGGCCCCUGAACCCGGAGAGAUUCACCCUGCAGUGCGGGGCUAACGGGAGGGUUGUAGUUCAGCCCGUAAGACGGCCUGCUGUCUCAUCAUCAACAGGCAACAAAACAGACAAAAGGAAGAAAGAGAAAAAGCAAUGAUGCAGUACUGGCAGCUGAGACUUGAGCUUUAGGUUUUUGGAUAUUUCUGAACUUACUUGCCUGACUCUGGUUUUGGGAUCUCCUCUUUUUGCAAAAGUGUGUGUGGAUUCACCGCUGUUGGGAGCCUAAAUCGGCAAAAAACAAACUCAGAACACGGAUAUAUAAAUAAAAAUUCUCUGUAAAUAAAAUUUCUCCUGGGGAAAAAAUGUAGCUUACACACUGGACAUGUUUUGCUUACUGAAGAUGGACAAGGCACUCAGGGCAGUUUAAGGGAUCAGCUAAGCUGCUGGCGAUGCUAGCAGUCUCUCUUUGUGCCUGUUAACGUUAAAGUCACCGUUUUUACGAACAAACGUAGACAACCAGACACGUCUAAAGUCAACAUGGGCAAGCAGCAGUGUGACACUUACUGGAUAGAGGUCUCAGAGGAGGAUUCUGUUUGUUUGUUUGUUUCCAUGUAAUCGUACCUCUCAAUGUAUGCCUAUUCAGUAUAAGGAGGAGGUUGAAGAUUGUAUUUAUUAAAGUUUCUGAGGUUCCUGAAAUGCUUAUAUGCAUCAUGAGACUGUCAUGGGCAGUGUCUUUUUUUUUUUUCCUAAUGGUAAGUUUGGUAAGUUUAUCUCAAAGUGGUGGGAAUAUUGGGAGAAUGCCUAUCUAAAGUUUACAGAUUUGUUUUAGAUACCUGAGGGCAUGUACUGUUCAGUAGAAAUUUGUACUGAAAUGUUUUCCUUAUGUCUUGAUGACAUACAAUAUACCAAUGAUUAAACUUACAAGGCCUUAUUUGCAUUGGAUAAGUGUUUUGGUUGUUGUGUGUGCACAUGAUCUGCGGAUGCACAUUAUCAUAACAAAAAUGUUUUUAAGAGGUUACCAUUUUCUGUUUUACAUUAAUACUGAAUAUCUUAUUUUGAGCACAGCUUUGCUUACCCCUUUCAUUUCAAGUACUUACGCAUUUUGGCAGGAUUAUAUUCUACCUCACACCUUAGUUUAUUUAUGUUAUAGGUUUUGGCAAAAAAAAAACAUUUAGGGGAACUUAAAUGCACUCGCUAACUACAAAUUCUUCAUCAUUUUUUAAAUGGGCCUAAAUGGGCCUGAACCAUCCCAUUUGUGAAAAAAAAGAAAAGAAAAAAUACAAUCACCAACUCUAUUUAAUAGGAUUGAAUGAUGUUUGGAUGUUGCUUUUUAUAUAUUUGAGAUUAUCUGAGAGUUGAAAUAAGUAUUUAGUAAAAGUUGCCAUCUUAUUCAUGGGAACACAUCUUUAUACAGUCAGCUGUGUGAGUGAGUUAAAUGGAGAAAUGCAUAAAGUAAUAGUGUAACUCAUGAAGUAUUUUUUUUUCCUAGC